CACUUAAUAGCAUGUAGAGAUACAAAAUUCCAAGAUGGAGAAAAAGAUAAUCUGGUUUUCCUGGGAAUUGAAGGCAAAAAUCUGUCUUUUCUGCACAGAAAUCAGGGAACACCUACUUUGCAACUGAAGGAGAUGUACAACAUGGUUGCAUACUGGAACAAAGCACAGAAGCUCUUUUACCACAGUAUGGAUGGCUCCACUGUCUUUGAGUCUGUCUCCUAUCCUGGCUGGUUCAUAGGCACCUACUCCACAGCAAGACACUCCAUCAUUCUCACCCAGGAAAAGGGGCAAAAUUACUAUUAA